AUGAUGCUUUCAGUGAUCUUUGCGAUUUUCGUCUGCCUUAUAGUCUACAUUUACCGAUCAAUGAAGCCUCCACCACCGCGAAUCUGCGGCGUUGCUCACGGUCCUCCGGUUACUUCUCCUAGAAUCAGGCUCAGUGAUGGAAGAUAUAUUGCUUAUAGAGAAUCAGGAGUUGAUAAAGCCAAUGCUAAUUACAAAAUUAUUGUCGUUCAUGGCUUUAAUAGCUCCAAAGACAUGGAAUUUCCCAUCUCUAAGGAUCUUAUUGAGGAACUUGGGAUAUACUUUUUGUUCUUCGAUAGAGCAGGAUAUGGAGAAAGUGAUCCACACCCAUCACGGACAGUCAAGAGCCAAGCAUACGACAUUCAAGAACUAGCUGAUAAACUCAAGAUCGGACCAAAAUUCUACGUUCUUGGUGUAUCACUCGGUGGUUACUCAAUUUACAGUUGCCUCAAAUACAUUCCCCAUAGACUAGCUGGAGCAGCCUUAGUGGUUCCAUUUGUGAGUUAUUGGUGGACUAAAGUGCCUCAAGACAUGUUGAGUAAAGCGCUAGAGCUAAUGCCAAAGGAAGACCAGUGGACUUUUAGAGUGGCUCAUUAUGUUCCGUGGUUGUUGUAUUGGUGGUUGACCCAAAAAUUGUUUCCGUCGAAGAGUAUGGUCUCUGGGAACGUUGCGUUAUGUAGCGACAGAGAUUUGGUCAUUAUAAAGAAGCAAUUGGAGAAUCCAAACCCUGCCAUGGAAAAAGUCCGGCAACAAGGAGACCACGAAUCUCUUCACCGGGACAUGAUAGCUGGAUUUGCGACAUGGGAAUUCGACCCGACUGAACUGGAAAAUCCGUUUCCAAACGGCGAAGGAACGGUCCACAUUUGGCAAGGGGUUGAAGACAGAAUUAUUCCGCGCGAAAUUAAUCAAUAUAUAUCAAAGAAGCUUCCAUGGAUUAAGUACCACGAGGUUGUAGGUUAUGGACAUCUUAUAAACGCGGAGGAGCAGAAAUGUGAAGACAUCAUAAAGGCGCUUCUAGUAUGA